UGAACACAAUGUAAGAAGAAACAAAGUUCUUAGAUCAUAUUCUCAUUGUGAAAAUCUUGAAAAUGCUGCCUUACUGUUUCUAGCAUAAAAUGCGGCUGUAGAAUGGAUUGGUUUCACUGCAAUCAGUGUUUCCGAAAAGAUGGGGACCGUUUCUUUGUCACCAGCUGUGGCCAUAUUUUCUGUAAAAAGUGUGUGACUCUGGAAAAAUGUGCUGUUUGUGGAACUGCUUGCAAGCAUCUGGCUCUUUCUGAUAAUCUGAAACCUCAGGAGAAGAUAUACUUCAAAAGCCCUGUGGAAACAGCUUUGCAGUAUUUUAGUCACAUUUCUCAGGUGUGGAGUUUCCAGAAGAAACAAACAGAUCUCCUCAUCGCCUUUUAUAAGCAUAGAAUUACAAAGUUAGAAGCAGCCAUGCAGGAGGCACAACAGAUGGUGACCAGCCAGGAAAAAGAGCUGUCAGUCUUAAAGAAGGAAAAUGGAGAACUGAAGAAAUGUCUUGCCAUUCUAAAGGAAUCUCCAAAUUGGUACCAAGGAAGCAGGUUGGCCACACCUCGACCAGUGGGCAUUACUUCUCCAUCACAGUCAGUCACUCCACGACCCAGUUCUCGGCAUAGCAGCCAGGUGGUCAGUCGGUCCCCCUCAGUGGAAUCUCUCUCUUACAGAAUGUCUGGCUUUAGUAGCUUGGGACAAGGAGCCAGAGGCCUGCAGGGAAGAAGCACUCCCAGGGACUCUUAUAUUGAAACCCCUUCACCAGCUUCUACUCACAGCCUAUCUUACCGGCCUUCACCUGCCUCUUCUGGACAGGGGAUUUUUUCUUUCAGACCAUCCCUAAAUGGUGGGGAUUCAGGCCACACAAGAGUCCUCACCCCCAACAAUUCAGGUCAGAGGGAAAGCAGAACCCCACUAGAGAGUCUUCCUGGUUUCCAGCUACCAGUUCAGCAGACUCUCUACGAACAGAGACAGAUGGGAUUAGCCAGGUCAAGAGAAGCAUGGACUACUUCCAGAUGAAGGUUCUUCAAGGUCUGAUCUAUACAUACUGCAUUAAGGAAGGCCUAUAGCAUCCAAUACCC